AUGGUGGCUUUUGCGGUAGCGGCAGGUAAUGCAGAGCAGAGGCAUGGACUUGGCAUGGACAAAGUGUGGGUGCUGCUGCGGAGGCGCCGCAUCAAAUUCAACGCCUGGUUCGAUUACCUGACCGACAAGCCUUUUCUCUUGGCUCUACUCUACGUCUUUUCUCAACAGCGUUCAACUUUGAGCUUGACUGUGAUGGCGAAAGCACUGACUUUCGCAUUGUCUGUGACAGCAUUUUCCUUGGUUAUGUCGACGGACAUGACAGACAUGGCCAACGUCUUGGCUGCCGAUGGGGAGUGUGCUGCGGGCCAGGAAUGCGCCCUGAACGCUUUGCAGCAGAAGGCAGUAGUUGCCCAACUGCAGGCAGAGGACUCUGUGGAGAAGUUCGCUGCUGCUUUGGAGGAGGGCGAAGAGGAGUUGGCAGAGGCUGAAGCGCAGAGCAAGGUUGGACAGACGGCUUCGGAUGCGGAGAAAUGGGGCCCAUCGCCGCCUCCACCGCCCGCCUUCAACCCUUACUGGGGGAACCCUUACGGGCAAAUGAAUCCUGGGUUCAACCCAUACGGUGGCAGCCCGUACGGUGGCAACCCUUAUUCGGUGCCAGGCCUAGGCGUUGGAGGCUGCCUGACCAAGAUCCAGGGCUCUUCUUGCAUGGUCUUCAGCUGCGCCAAAUCACGCGGGCCGACGACGUGCAACCUCGAGGACUACACCUGCUACUGCCAGCCUGGAUUCUGCUCCGAUGGCAAGGGCUGCGUGCCGCAGACGCACAUGUACCGCUGA